GGCUGGGUGAGGGGAGGAAGAAGCCUCGUGGAGGCUCGAGAGCAAGGUGAGGUGAAGGACAUAGCGGCUCGCGCCGGAGCGUCGGGCUGGAAGUGGCCGCCUGGCUGACUUCUGACUCCAUUCUCGACCUGUGAGGAGCACGAGCAUCAGGGAAGGGCCUGUCAUUCCCAUGUCAUGGAGUUGACGGAGCCCGAGAGAGGGCUGUGGCUGCUCAAGGUCACACAGCUCGUCGGUUGCAGACUGGCACACGUACCCAGUCUCUUAAGUCAGUUGUCAAGUCCCUGGGCCCUGAUCGCGGGAAACAGCCACACAGAGCUCCUGGUCUGCUUUUUCCUAGUGUCUCGCUGCCAGCCAGCCCUGGUGCCACGUGCCUUCCAUGCUUCAGCUAUGCAGCUGAGGUCUUCAGAUCAGCAGAAGCAGCAACCUCCCCGCUCUUUUUCUCAGCAGCAUUCUGAGACACAGGGCGCAGAAGAACCCAAGCAAGAGUCUUCUCGUUCAUCUCCCAGGUACACAGACCAGGGCGGUGAGGAGGAGGAGGACUAUGAGAGUGAGGAGCAGCUACAGCACCGCAUCCUGACGGCAGCCCUGGAGUUUGUGCCGGCCCAUGGGUGGACGGCAGAGGCGAUUGCAGAAGGAGCCAAGUCUCUGGGUCUCUCCAGUGCGGCCGCCAGCAUGUUUGGGAAUGACGGCAGUGAGCUGAUACUGCAUUUUGUGACCCAGUGCAACGCUCGGCUCACCCGUGUGCUGGAAGAGGAGCAGAAGCUGGUACAGCUGGGCCAGGCGGAGAAGAAGAAGACAGACCAGUUCCUGAGGGACGCUGUGGAAACCAGACUGAGAAUGCUGAUCCCAUACAUUCAACAUUGGCCUCGGGCCCUCAGCAUCCUCCUGCUCCCUCACAACAUCCCGCCCAGCCUGAGCCUGCUCACCAGCAUGGUGGAUGACAUGUGGCAUUACGCUGGGGACCAGUCCACUGAUUUUAACUGGUACACCCGCCGAGCAGUGUUGGCUGGUGUCUACAACACGACAGAGCUGGUGAUGAUGCAGGACUCCUCCCCAGACUUCGAGGACACUUGGCGCUUCCUGGAAAACCGAAUUAAUGAUGCAAUGAACAUGGGCCACACUGCCAAGCAGGUAAAGUCCACUGGAGAGGCACUGGUGCAGGGACUCAUGGGCGCAGCGGUGACGCUCAAGAAUUUGACAGGUCUAAACCAGCGCCGGUGAGCAAGAAGGGGCGUAAGCUAGAGUGCCCAGAAGAAGACCUGAGGAUAUAUUUAAAGGGCUUUGAAAUGUAUGAGGUGCCAUCCAUGGAACAGGGUGUUAAUGAGAAAACAUGAAAGGACUCCACCACACUACCAAAGCCACCUGGAAACCACAGGGCACUGGAUGAUACAGUGGUAGCCCAGGGUUGGGCCACUUCUUCAGUUCCUAACACCAGGCCAGGCCUCCUGAUGCCUUUCUGCAUUGCAGCUACGUGUUUGAAAAAUGCAGCGCUCAAUCAAGCACUUGAGCCACGGAAACCCAGCACGUCCCUGUCGUGGUCUCUCGGGCAUCUUGAUCAUGUCUCAACCUGCCUAGAAAUGCUCUCUGGGGCUCCCAAGUCAGAGUCAGGGUCUUAAGCCACCCCAGCUGGCAGCUCAUCCACAGCAGAGCACAGGCCUGUGCGCCCAGAGGGUUCCAUACUGCCCUUUCAUUCUCUGGUGUCCUGAGAUGCUGCACCUGAAAACUCCCUCAGCAAGCUGCCUCACCUGAGCCAGGUGCCUGCUGGACAGUGGUGCUCAGCCUGGCCAGAGGUGUGAUCCCAGGCCCCAUGUCGAGUCACACCAGCACGCAUUGCAGGAUUAUUAGUGAACUUAGAGUCUGUAAAAAUUACAAUAAAUAUGUUUGAAGCAA